AUGCAGCAGCUCAGACUACAGAAUGAGCAGCUCAGAGCCCAGAGUGGGCACAGUGAUUCCAGGUUGGAGCAGCGCCAGCAACGGAACACUGCUGAAGCAGUGCAACCUCAAAUAGAGGUCCAGCACUUAGGUGGCCCCAAGCCACCACUCCAACGACCUACCUUCCAUCAGGAAAGAGAGACACGUCAUUCCAGUCCAUUGGCCAGGCAUCCUGACUACGACCUGGAAGAAGAGAUGAACGUGGUUAUAGUCCAGAGCCAAGCAGGAGUCGGACAGAGCGUCGUCAUUCUCCAAGGCGCCAUGUCAGUUCCAGAGAGCGCUAUUCAUCAGAAUGGCCUCAGCCCCCUCACAAGAGCAGACACGUUUCACCUUAAUAUUUUGGCCUACGCUGCUCACUGCCAGACAGAUGCACUUGGACGACCUGUGGCCGGGGUGGUGGUCAUCUGCAGGGAAAGACUGAAAGGAGAAACGUUUAGUCACCAGGCAGCUGUACAGACUGUGAUCCAUGAGCUGUUUCAUGUGCUGGGUUUCUCUAAAGAGCUCUUCCACACCUGGCGAGACUGUUCCUCCAUGUCUCAAGCUGAGGGUGCCGACUGUUCUCCUCAAGGGAAAGUGACCUACUCUGAUGGAUCCGGCCACAUGAGGAUUUACACCCCAUCUGUCAUCUCAGCCCUGCAGAAGCACCUGAACUCCACUGAUCCUGAGCUUGGGGGAUGGCUAGAGAACCUUGGUGUACUUCCUGGCAAAGUGUCCUCACACUGGGAGUCCAGGGUCUUUCAGGGCUCCAUCAUGGCAGCAGAGCUAGCGGACUCAUCCUCAGUCCGGAUCGACCCGGUAACCUUGGCUGCAUUACAGGACACGGGCUGGUACAAUGUAGACGUGAGCAGGGCACAGAGUCUGGUGUGGGGAGACGGAGAAGGGGCCAUGUUUGGAUCCCUGUCAACCUGUCAGAACAAAUCCUCACCGUUUUUCUGCUCUGGCAGUGGGUUUGGGUGUCAUUACCUUCACCUCCACAAAGGGGAGUGCAAGACCGAUCAAUACCUGGAGGGAUGCAGAGUGUAUAAACCCCUCAAAAAUGGAAGUGAGUGCUGGAAAAAGGAAAACCCCAGGCGGUCAGCUGAAGAGGACUCGACUGGGGAGAUCUUUGGUUUUGACAGCCGAUGCUUCUUCUCCAGCCUGACCAGACAGGUGUGUACUCCCUACAGACGGAGCUACUGCUGCCCUACUGGACCAAACAGGUACCAAAUCCACGUGUCAGGCUCUGAGUGGGUGGAGUGUCCAGCAGGGGGAAGCAUUCAGAUUGAAGGAUACCAGGGUUCAGUUUCCUGUCCUGACAGGAGGUUGUGUCUGUACUCUGACAUCACUCCUCCUUCAGACGCCGUCGAUACAUUUCCUGCUUCCGUCACCAGAGAUCCAUAUGGGACUUUAACUUCAGCCCAGACCUGGACCUCUUUGUCCUUCGGUGUCAAAACAUCUCUAGGCAUCACUGCUGCCGUGUGUCUCCUGGCUGCAGUCUUGGUGUCUUACAGAAAAUGUUCCUGCAGGAUCAGGAUCCACACCAGCACAGAUGAACACAGUAAUCUGUAGGAAACACAGCCUCUAAAACCGGCUUUAUAAACUUUAAUUGUUCUAUAAUUUUGUUUGUCUCUUCUCAGUAAUUUAUCUGAAGGCUGUGUUGUAAUUGUAAGAGUUAUUCGGUCAGAGAAAAAAUCCUUUUUAUUACAAUUUUUAUUGAACAGAGUAAUGUGAAAAUCAUAAAGAUAAUCUGUUGUGAUCAAACGCAGCUCAAAAAUAUCAAUCAGCUGGUUUCUCACCCUACAUAUGGGCAUG